AGCUAGGAUGUUGCGAUAUCGCUGGCAGCCAAAGAUUGCUGUGGUUGCAGAGAUUAGGCUGCUGGGUUGAAACCUCUGCCUAAUGUUUAGCUAGAUGUCAAAUUCCGCGGUUGUUCGCGAGCAGUCUCAACAGACGGAGGUUUUAGCUUCCUGUCGACUCUGCGCCUGUUUGUGUUGAUAAACGGCUGCAUCGCGCUAAUGCGUUAGCUUACUAAAACCCCAGUUUUAAUGUAAAUGGAAGCAAUUAAAUAGCUCGACGGGCAGCUAUGUGCCAUCUAACGGUCGCUUCACUUGACUGAGGAUGGAAAGACUAUUUCGGGCGACGCUAUCAGACAAGUUACACGUCGGAUACAUCGCUCCCGUGGACAUUAUCUUCAGAGGAUAACCUGGAUAACCUUACACGAAAUGUCAUAGCGCGUAAGUAGCUAGCACUUAGCUAGCUGGGUAAUGGCUGGACGAGAUGGAGAAGGACCUAAUGUUAUCAUCAGCAGCAGCCGACCAUGAACAGCUGGAUGGAUAGCUAAAGAAAUACUUUCUCCGGAGAUGCUUUAGCCUCCUGGGUGGUGUAAUUCACUUACAUAACAGCUAGUCGCAACCGCUCUAGCUAUCACCAACUGGCUUGUGUUGGCAAGCAAAUGGGAAAUUUGCCACCAAAAAUCUGGGUUGUCUCAACAUCAUAAGUGACAAAGGCAUCGCUGCAUGUUGUGAGGCUGCAGACAGACUUUGCUUGAAGCGUCAGAUUUCGUGUACAGCCUGACCUGCGUUAUCUAUCAGUGCAAUAAUAAGGUGCACAGGAAACAGGCACUUCAUCUGUGUGCCUGGGAUUUGAAGCCGCAAACACUCCUCCUGUCAUUUCGACAUCAUGAGGAAGUUCUUUGAUUCUCGUCGGGAGUUGGUGAGCUCCGGGCCUGGUUCUGGAGGAGGGGGCAGCAGCUCUGGGUCCAGUCAUGCAGGCGGAAAUUUCAUUGGCAGAGCCUUCACUGUCGGGCGGCACCAAGUCACUGUUGAGGAGAUAAUUGCUGAAGGUGGCUUUGCAAUCGUGUUCCUCGUGCGAACAAAUCAAGGGGUGCGUUGCGCCCUGAAGAGGAUGUAUGUCAACAAUGAGCAUGAUCUGCAGGUGUGCAAAUGCGAGAUUCAAAUAAUGAAAGACCUUGUGGGUCACAAGAAUAUUGUCGGUUAUCUUGACUCCAGUAUUACUGCUAUGGGAUCGAGGGAUGUAUGGGAGGUCUUCAUACUUAUGGACUUCUGCAAGGGGGGGCAGGUGGUCAAUUUGAUGAAUCAAAGGCUGCAGACCGGCUUCACCGAGGCUGAGGUGCUGCAGAUCUUCUGCGACACCUGUGAUGCUGUUUCUCGCCUGCACCAGCGCAAGACACCCAUCAUCCACAGAGACCUUAAGGUGGAGAACAUCCUCCUGCAUGACAAGGGUCAUUAUGUGCUGUGUGACUUUGGCAGCGCCACCAACAAGUUCCAGAGCCCACAGACCGAAGGAGUGGCCGCCGUGGAGGAAGAGAUCAAAAAGUACACCACUUUAUCAUAUCGCGCCCCAGAGAUGGUGAACCUCUACAAUAACAAGAUUAUCACUACAAAAGCAGAUAUCUGGGCGCUGGGCUGUUUGCUGUACAAACUCUGCUUCUUCACUCUGCCCUUUGGUGAAAGCCAGGUGGCCAUCUGUGAUGGCAGCUUCACCAUUCCAGACAACUCCCGCUACUCUUAUGAUCUUCACUGCCUCAUUCGGUACAUGCUGGAGCCAGACCCAGACAAAAGACCAGAUAUCUACCAGGUGUCCUACUUUGCUUUUAAACUAGCUCAGCGGACCUGCCCUGUUCAGAAUGUGAAGAAUUCUCAGAUUCCUUCUAAACUUCCUGAGCCAAUCAAAGCGAGUGAGGCUGCAGCCGCGAAGAAGAGCCAGGCUAAACCCAGACUGACGGAUCCAAUUCCCACCACUGAAACCUCCAUCACCCCUCGCCAGAGGCCCAAAGCAGCACAUACCCAGCCUGCGGCUGGCAUCCUACCCAUCCAGCCUGCUGCUCUCACCCCUCGCAAGCGGGCUAAUCUCCCUGGUGGUGCAGCUCAGCCUGUGGGAGUCAGCUUAAACCUCUCUCAGCCAGCUGCAGCUCUGCAGUCACAGAAGGCACAGAGUUCAGUUUUGCCUCUCAUCCAGUCACAAAACAAUUCAAGUCAGGCUGUGGCUCCGCAGAAGCAGCCAGCCGCAGCUCCAGCAGCAGAGACUGCAGCAACAACAGCGGCAGCGGUGUCACCAGUCACCAAGGCCGACGUCCAACCACAAGCACAGCCAAUAGUUCAGCAACAGACCACACCCACAUCCGCGGCCAGCGCCACCUCCCAGCAGGGAGCACAGACUCCGUCGAGCCCGGCCCCUCCUCAACGCCCAGCUCGACGCAAGCAGGCUCAGCAGCCAGCGGCUCAGCCUUCGCCCAGCAAACCGGCCCCUGGUCAGCCGCCUAUAUCUCAGCAGCAGCAGCAGCAGCAGCAGAUAACUCAGCCACCAGCUGCUCAGGCUCCGCCCACCUCCACUGAGAUCAGCCAAAUAGCAGCAGAGACAACUCCACCUGCUUCUCCAAAGACGACUGAAGAGCGAGGCCACCAACGCACACCGAGUGACGCUGCAGCGAGCAGCGUUGCUGGAGUUCCAGUGAGUGACUCCUCACAGCAGCCACAAGGAGCUAAUGGAGACGCUGUCCUCAACCAAUCAUUUACAUCUCAGCCAAGCACCGCUCAGCUUGUACAGCUCGGUAUUGAUGAUGCAGGCCAGGACCAAACCAAAGCUGGAGCCACUGUUUCUGCGGCCAGCGAUGCAACCAACACCCCCACACAGCCCGCAUGGAACCCGUUUGACGAUGACAACUUUUCAAACCUCACUGCAGACGAAUUCAAAACCGAGGACAAAAAGCCCACUGACCUACCUUCAGAAAUUGAGUUAUCAUCCUCUGAGGCGUUGAUACCAGGCCUGCAGGCCUCAUCUGUGGCUAAUACACCCCAAGAUACUGUAGAAAAACCAUCAUCCAUUCUUGAUGUGGAUUCAGGAGCCUCGCUGCUGGCUGUCCCAGAUCCUUUUGGUCUCGAGCUGUCAGAUGCACCAGAGAAGCUGAUUGAAGGACUCAAAUCUCCAGACACGUCUUCACUCAUGCUUCCCGACCUCCUGUCAUUGUCUGAUCCCUUCGGUGGCUCUGUGGAAGAGUCUGCAAAAGACCCUCUCGCCGCAGACGACACUCUCCUGGGCUGCUCUCUGAUCUCUGGUCCGUCCGCCCCUCCGGCAGCGAGCAGCGCCACCUCCUCUGUCUCCUCUGCUCCCACCUCCGCUGCCUCUGCUUUAGAUGAUUUCAGCUUGUUGUCUGGGGACUGUGCACAGCCUAUAGCAGACUCGUCUCUCCUGAUCUCAGACUUUGAGCCGCAGCAGGCCGCAGCGGAGGCAGGCACAGAGGAUGAGUUUGAUCCUAUUCCCGUCACAGGCCGAAAGAACUCCCAAGACCUGCAGAGGGAGCUCAGCAGUAAUGUACUGCGAGCCGCUCGGACUGUGGCUCCUGUGCAGCCCACUGAGGAGAAUCAAAGGCCGAUGGUCCAGCAGAAGACUGCUGAGUGUGUCUAUAAUAAACACAUGUUGCCACCAGAUGAGAGGAUCAUGCAACACCAUAUGAUACCAGCUACUUCCACAGGCCUGCCUUUUAUACCUGUCAACCAAAUAUCCCAGUUCCAGCCCCCGAACAGCCCAGUCACCUCCGAUGUCUUCCAGCUGGCCCCUUUUAAAACACCAGGAAAAGAAAGCAAGAUGGCACUUGGCAGCUCCUCCUUUUCUUCAUCUCGUAAACCUGCUGAGACAUCAGAUGUUUUCCUCCAGGCGCCGUUUGGAAAGAGGCAGGAAACAGCCAGAUCUGAUCCUACUAACACUCACGUCUUAAAGUCUGGUACACAGCAGAUUCAAACCAGCAAACGGUAUCACCUGCUCCCGGUGUCGUCUCACUCUGGUCCUCGGGCCCCUCUUCUGCACACAGAGACGCCUCUGCUUCAGCAGCCAGUGGCGGUGCACCGGGUCGUCUCCAGGAUUGGUCAGCAGGCCGCCGUGGGUUCGGUAGCUGUGGGGCCUCUGCAUUCCUGGACGAUCGGGGGAAGACCUCUAGAUGACCCGUUCACUGCUGCACCUUUCCAGCCAAGAUGCUCUCAGGGGAAACCUUGAUUUAUCUCAGCAUCUCUCAAAACAUGCCAAAGCAUAGCUUACUCCUGUAAUUUAAGACAGAGGCAAAGCAGAGUUCAGUUGCAGUAUUACCCAAAUUUCUAAUGUAGUUUUACUCUUGUCGUCAUUACUGCAGUAUUAAACCAAGUAAACUUUUUAAACUUAAUGUUCUACCUCAGUCGUGGGAUUUGCUUUCAGUCUGAGCACAACAGUGCAACAUAUCAGCACUUUACAGUUUGAACUUGGGCUGAGUGAACAUGAAGGUUUGGCCCUGGUCUCAAUUCAAAACUGAAUUAAGGAUAUCAAAAAGGGUUUUGUUAAAGGUCCAAUCAUGUAAGUCACAGUUUUAUUCAAAUAAUGAAUAAAAAGAAUUUAGCAUGUAUCUCAAUUAUCAUAAUUGAAAUAUGGGUCUGUUUUACCUGGACCUUUAGAAACGUUACUGUUUUAAUAAUAUUACUCUGAUGCUGUAAUAUCAGAAAACAAUAGCUUGAGGAUAAAGUAGCUGUUCUCAGUUUUCUGCUUUAUAUUAGAAACAUGUCUUGGCAGUGGUUGCAGGUUCUACUCCUUUGUUGUUGUUUACCCUUUUGUUUACAUUUUGAUUUCAGAUUGUGCCUUUAAUACCAGUUGUGUUAUUUUUCCAAAAUGGUUGCAGGCGUCUGGUCAAUGCUUGGCACAAGUGCUGCAAUAGACACCAAAUAUUCUGCUGCAAGCCAAAGAAAUUAUUGGAAAUAAAGGAAAUGUUGUGAAACAUUUUCCCACAGUUUGAAGGACAAAAAAUAUUCAGGCAGUUAUUACUUUUAUAUCAACAGACUGAAAGCUAAAUGGUUAAGCUAAAUACCAAAAGGCUAGUCACUAGAGAGCUGUACUGGAACCAGUAUGAUGUUUAGAUUUGGACGGACUUUAAUGAUUUCAAGCUCAAUUUACCUGCUUUACUGCUCAAUAGUUGUGCUGCCAUUUUCCAAUACACCGCACCAGUGUUAAUGGAGCUUUAUUGUUCUCUUGAAAGGAUUUUUGAAAUGAAACAUAUCACAUCUGUGGUUUAAUUCACUGAUGUCUUACAGUGUAAGGUGACAGGUCAGAAGGGAUUCUCAAGACAUAAACCAGUAUCAUCUUUACUGAGCUGACUUUUAGUAAGUUGCUUUUAAUGGUCCUGUGUGUAGGAUUUAAGGGGAUAUAUUGGCAAAAGUGGAAUAUAAAAUUCUCAACUAUGUUUUCAUUAGUUUAUAAUCACCUGAAAUUAAGAAUAACUGUGUUUUUGUAACCUUAGAAUGAGCCGUUUAUAUCUCCAUAUGGAGUGGGCCCUUGUCCACGGUCAUGUUAUUUCUACAGUAGUCGACAAAUGCACAUUGGCUUUCAUGUUCACACACACACACAUUCACGUUUUUGCGUUGGCCACCAUAGUUCUCCUACAUGUUUCAGUUGGUUGCAAUCUGCAGCCUCACCACUAGAUGCCACUAAAUCCUACACACUGGACAUUUAAAGUGAAGAGAUUUCAAAUGAUGCUUCAAAGUUUGCUUAUACUUUGUCACAGAUAAGGACGUUUUGUAAACUGUGCUGCCUUGCCAUGCUAACAGUAUUUGUAUAUUUUAUAUUAUCUGGCUAUUAAUACUGGAUGUUAGGAGUUGUUAGUAAAAAUUUAAACUGAUUUUAUUAAAGGUUUGUAA